AUGCAGGCUGAAACGAAUUCGUCCGGGGUUGCUGCUUGCCGUUUGCUGCUGCUGCGGCUGCUGCGGAAUGGAUACACUGCAGCAGAAGCAGCAGCAGCACUAAAGGAGGGGCAGCUGCUGCAGCAGCAGCAGCAGCAAGAUCUGCUGCAUGCGCUCGCAGGCCUCCUAGACGAAUGCCUGCAGCACCAGCCCGACGACAAUACAGAUGCAGCAGCUAAGCAGCAGCAGCAGCAGCAGCAGCAGCAGCAGCAGCAGCAGGAUGGCGAUGCAGAGAACCAGCGUCCUUCUCAGCAGCAGCAGGUGCUGCAGCAGCAGCAACAGCAGCAGCAGCAGCAGCAGGAGCCGCCGAGCAAACGGGCCCGUACGGCCGAUACAAACACCACGACCAGCAGCAGCAGCAGCAGCAGCAGCGACCCAGCAGCAGCAGCAGCAGCAGCAGCAGCAGCAGGGGGGCAGCAAGAAGUGCUAGCUGGGGGGGCGUUGACGCGGGAGCUGCUGCUGCUGCUAGUCUCGCUGCUGCAGCAGGUGCAGCCUGUGCCUGCUGCUCUGUCUGCUGAGUCUGCUGCAGCAGCAAACAGCUGCAUGCGUCUCUUCUUCUCUAACCUUUCGGGUGUACAUGCAGCAGCAGCAGCAGCAGCAGCAGCAGCAACAGCAGCAACAGCAGCAGCAGGUACUGAGGUCUUCAGCAGCAGCAAAGAAUGGGAGACGUUGAUGGAGCGCCGCGUUGCAGCAGUGUCCACCUUCAGCCCCUACACACAAUGCUACAGAACAGCAGCAUUAGCUGGGGGGGCGUUGACGCGGGAGCUGCUGCUGCUGCUGGUCUCGCUGCUGCAGCAGCUGGAGGAAGAUGUAGGCCGGGCCUUCGCGCUGCUGCAGCAGGAGCUGCCGCUCAUCGGCAGCAACCCGCAGGCAGCAGCAGCAGCAGCAAAGUCAGCUGAGGCGAAGCUGCGUGCUGCAACAGACAGAUGGAGAGCUGAGCAGGAGCGGCAGCGGCAGCAGCAAGAAGAGAUUCAGCGGCGGACGGCUUUCUCUCGUGCAUGCGUUCAAUUCGUGCUGCAGCGGCAGCAGGAGCAGCAGCAAGCAGCAGCAGCAGCAGCAGCAGCAAUGCUAGGUACACCUGCAGCAACUGCUGCUGCUGCUCGCAGCAGGGCGCUGGCUCAUCCUUUUUAUAUUCUUGGCGUCAACCCUCAAACAGCAACAGAAAAAAGCAUAGCAGCAACAAGAAAGAAGUGGCGCGCGCUGCUGCACCCAGACAAAUUUCAUUCGCAGGAGCCCGAGAUGCAGCAGCAGGCGAACGAGGCAUUCAAGGCAUACGAAGAAGCAUGCACUGAAGCGCUGCGUCUGCUGCGGGCUCGAUCUAUGGACCUCACUUGGGCUGCCCCCCCGCCUCCCCCCAGCCCCGAAGCAGCAGCAGCAGCAGCAGCAACAGCAGCAGCAGCAGCAGGAGCAGCAGCAGCAGCAGCAGGAGCAGCAGCGCCUGGUGCUGCUGCAGGAGCAGCAGCAACAACCAGCGCGUCGGUCUCUCCUAACGGGAGCUCCACCAACGCCAACAACAACAGCAGCAAGAGCAGCAGCAGCAGCAACAGCAGCAGCAGCAGCAGCAGCAGCAGCAGAGUGCAGGCCCCCACGAGUUGUUACUUGCCUGAUGCUGCAGUGGAGCCGCUGCCGCGGCGACGAGCAACGGGGGCGUUUCGGGUGUAUGUACAGGCUGCAUGCGCAGCAGCAGCAGCAGCAGACUCAGCAGAAGCAGCAGCAGCAGCAGCAUUCCGCUGCAUCACCAGGGUUUGGGUUUAUGUACACCGCCCGGUGAGGGGGGGGCCCCCCGUGCUGCUGCAGCCAGCAGCAGGGGCCCUGAGUUGUGUGGUGCAGCAGGACGUGCUGCUUGCUGCAGCAGGAGACGAAGCAGCAGCAGCAGCAGCAGGAGGAGCAGCAGGGUGCAGCAGCAGCAGCAGAGAAGUUUAUAUAGAUAUUGCUGCUGUGCAGCCGCUGCUGCUGGAGCAGCAGCAAAAAUACUGGAUUGGGGUUCAGGUAGAAAACAGAAAAAAACAAAUCUCUCUCGUGUCUUGGUUGCCGCUGCAGCUGACGCUAGCUGUGCCCCCGCUGCCGCCGCUGCAGCAGCUGCAGCAGCAGCUGCAGCAGCAGCAGCAGCAGCAGCAGCAGCAGCAGCAGCAGCAGCAGCAGCAGCAGCAGGAGGGGGAGGAGGAGUUUUGUAUAUUCAGUGAAGAUGAACUCGAUAAGAAGAGAAACAAAAGGAAGCAAAAACUGCAGCAGCAGCAGCAGCAGAUUGAGCUGCUGCAUACUGCAGCAAGAGCAGCAGCAGCGCAGCUACAGAGCUUCUCAGGGGCCCCCUUCCUCUCAUCGGUGCAGCAGCAGCAGCUGCUGCAGCUGCUGCAGCGUCUGCAGCAGCACACGCCCGCUGCAGUGCAGCAGCAGCAAACUGCAGCAGCAGCAGCAGCAGCAGCUAGCUGCCAUGCUGCAGUUGUAGCAGCAAGAGAGCUGCUGCACGAAUGCAUGCAGCAGGCAGACGCUUGGGCAGAUGGCUUCCGCGAAUGA